AGAGGUCAGAGAUUGAAACUGGAACUGGAACUGGUUAUUGGGUCAGCUGCAGUGACAUUGAAUUAAUCAGUGGCCGAAGCAAUGGAGGAGAAUGAUGAGCCACGUCAACUGGCGCCACCGGAAACGGACAUUGUGGAACCGGUCCUGGCGCUGUUACGGGUUGAUGUCCAGAAUCAGACGCGUCCGACGCUCUUCUACAACAGCUACAACAUCUCCGAAGAUGUCUAUUAUUAUUUCAACGGCUUCAAUGCGGCGCCAACGAGUACAGAACUGUCCCUGAACCUCAACAGCACUGGUGGUGCGCCGGGUAGCACUACAGUCGAGCCGGAUCUGUCCGAGUUCCUUGAGGCGCUGCCCAACGAUCGCGUCGGUCUCUUGGCCUUUCUGUUCCUCUUCUCGUUUGCAACGGUUUUCGGCAACUCACUGGUCAUCCUGGCCGUCAUCAGGGAGCGAUACUUGCACACAGCCACCAACUACUUCAUCACGAGCCUGGCGGUGGCUGAUUGCCUGGUGGGUCUGGUGGUUAUGCCCUUCUCGGCGCUGUACGAGGUGCUGGAGAACACUUGGUUCUUUGGCACCGACUGGUGUGAUAUUUGGCGAUCGCUGGACGUGCUCUUUAGCACAGCAUCGAUACUGAAUCUAUGCGUCAUCUCAUUGGAUCGAUACUGGGCCAUCACGGAUCCCUUUAGCUAUCCCAUGCGGAUGACUGUGAAGCGUGCAGCGGGAUUAAUAGCUGCCGUUUGGAUUUGCUCCAGUGCCAUCAGUUUUCCGGCCAUUGUUUGGUGGCGGGCAGCCAGGGAUGGAGAGAUGCCCGCCUACAAGUGCACCUUCACCGAACACCUUGGAUAUUUGGUGUUCUCCUCAACCAUAUCCUUUUACCUGCCACUGCUGGUCAUGGUCUUCACCUAUUGCCGCAUCUAUCGUGCGGCGGUAAUUCAGACGCGCUCCCUAAAGAUCGGCACCAAGCAGGUGCUGAUGGCAUCCGGGGAACUGCAGCUAACGCUGCGAAUUCAUCGCGGUGGCACCACACGAGAUCCCGCCGCGAAUACACAUCAAGUUUCCGGCGGUGGUGGCGGUGGUUCACUGAGCCACUCGCACUCCCACUCGCAUCAGCAUCAUCAUCACAAUCACAGCGGCGGCACAACGACAUCAACGCCCGAGGAGCCGGAUGACGAGCCGCUAUCGGCACUACACAACAAUGGCCUGGCCAGACAUCGACACAUGGGCAAGAACUUUUCGCUUUCCCGGAAAUUGGCCAAGUUCGCUAAGGAGAAGAAGGCUGCCAAGACACUGGGAAUUGUGAUGGGUGUAUUUAUAGUGUGCUGGCUGCCGUUCUUUGUGGUGAAUCUCUUGUCUGGCUUCUGCAUCGAGUGCAUUGAGCACGAGGAGAUUGUAUCGGCAAUUGUUACAUGGCUCGGCUGGAUCAACUCCUGCAUGAAUCCUGUGAUCUAUGCCUGCUGGAGCAGAGAUUUUCGCAGGGCUUUUGUGCGAUUACUGUGCAUGUGCUGUCCACGGAAAAUACGUCGCAAGUAUCAGCCCACAAUGCGCUCCAAGUCACAGUGUCAUGUUGCUGCCGCCAUGGUGGCCGCAUCCACAUCCUUUGGCUACCAUUCCGUAAAUCAGCUGGAUCGCACCCUCAUAUGACGUCAGCCGAGCAGCUGCAGCACCUGCAGCGGCAGCAGCAACUGCGGCGGUGGGGCAAGCAGCGGUGGUGUUGGUGUUGGUGGUGCACGCAAUUCGCAUCAAUAUCACUCAUCGGCGGCAGCCACGCCCUCCUCCUCACAGCGCUCGUGCACGCGCUGCCAGAGCUUUCACCGGCAUCAUCAUCGGGCCAGGCGUCGCAGCUCCGGGAUGCAACUGCGUGGCGACUACAACUCCACGUCGGCGGUGAAUUGUGCUGCAAAGACGAUAGUCACAAUUACCGCACCGCCGGCAGCGGCAGCAUCGGCCAGUGCAUUGCAUCUGGGCGGUGGCAGACCCUCCUCGGUGUCCACACUGACGCUGGCCUCGGUGCAGCCGUCGUUGCUAUUGGAGGGGUCUCUGACGGGCGCUGCUCUCAAAGGUGGCUCAGUGAGUGCUGCCAAUACGCCGCUGGCUUCGAGCACAAAGCACACCAGCUUUGCUCUGACGCCCAGUGCCAUGGGACCGUCGAGUUCAUCAGGAUCGGGUCAUCAUGUCUCCUUCAUGCCCAUGGCCAUGCCCAUGCCCAUUCCACUGCCAAUGAUGGGCAUCAAGAGCAGCUCGUCGCCGGCAACGGGCGUGGCCAACAACUCGGCACCUUCGCUCAUAGAAGACGCUGAAGAUAUCGCAUCACAGCAUCAUCAUGCGGCACUUGAUCUGCGUCAGAGCGUGCAGAGUCAAAUCACAACGCUGGAGGAUGCGGACGAUGUGGAGAACAGCGACGAUGACAGUGAGAGUGACAGCGAAAGCGGGGGCGUGGCCUUGGUGCUGACAAAGCCACAGCUGGAAUGCCGGACGGAGAUGGCAUCGAGUUCCUCAAGCGGUUCGGUUAAGUAAACUCGUCCCUAGCACUCAACCAGAUUAGUGAUAAGUUAAUG